UCUAUUGAUUUAUUUCGGCCACUAUAUCGCUUGACACACCUCCUUCACCCGUGACUGCGCAGGUGGUAGCGCCCGGCCGGCCAGGAGUUAUUGCGCACGCAGUAUCGAGGCGGCGCUUUCCACACUGCAACGGAGUCUGUCAGGAGGAGGAAAUUACACAAUGGCUGACUCUGAAAUGGAAAUGGAUGGAGGCCCCUCUGGGGCUGGGGCUCCCGCGGAGGGGGAGUCCAUGCUCGGCAUGCUGGACGUGCUCCUGUUCUCCAUCAUUGCUGGACUGCUUAUUUUCUGGGCCGUCUUCCGAAAGAAGAAGGAAGAAAUCCCAGAAUUUAAGAAAAUCCCAACGCAAGCCAUCACACCAAGAGAAACAAGUUUUAUCGAGAAGAUGAAGAAAACGGGUAAAAACAUAGUGGUGUUUUAUGGAUCUCAAACUGGAACAGCAGAAGAGUUUGCAAACCGCCUCUCCAAAGAUGCUCAGCGAUACGGAAUGAGGGGCACGGUAGCGGACCCAGAGGAGUACGACAUGUCCGAGCUGUCCCGCCUCUCGGAGAUUGACAACUCUAUAGCCGUGUUCUGCAUGGCCACUUACGGGGAAGGAGACCCCACUGACAACGCCCAGGAUUUCUAUGACUGGCUUCAGGAAGCCGACGAUGAUCUGUCCGGCGUCAAUUUCACAGUUUUCGGGCUUGGGAAUAAAACGUAUGAACACUACAACGCAAUGGGAAAAUAUGUAGACAAGAGACUGCAGCAGCUCGGAGCGAAGAGGAUCUUCGACCUUGGAAUGGGCGACGACGAUGGCAAUCUUGAAGAGGAUUUUGUCUCCUGGAGAGAGCAGUUCUGGCCAGCAGUGUGCGAGCACUUCGGGGUCGAGGCAACUGGAGACGAAUCCAGCAUUCGUCAGUAUGAGCUGGUGGUCCAUACAGAUAUAAACAUGAACAAAGUUUACACGGGAGAGAUGGGACGUCUGAAGAGCUUCGAGACACAGAAAAUGCCUUUUGAUGCCAAAAACCCUUUCCUGGGCACCGUCACUGCAAACAGGAAGCUGAAUAAGGGAGGCAGCCGACACUUGAUGCACCUUGAGCUGGAUAUCUCUGCAUCCAAGAUCAGAUACGAUUCCGGAGAUCAUGUUGCAGUUUACCCUAUAAAUGAUACGACUCUAGUGAAUAAAAUUGGAGAAAUUCUUAACGUGGACCUUGACACUGUAAUCUCCUUGAACAACCUUGAUGAGGAGUCCAACAAGAAGCACCCAUUCCCUUGUCCUACCUCGUACCGCACAGCCCUGACACACUACCUGGAUAUCACCAACCCUCCACGCACCAAUGUCCUGUAUGAGCUCUCCCAGUAUGCCACGGAUCCCAAAGACCAGGAGACCCUGCGCAAGAUGGCAUCGUCCGCCACUGAAGGGAAGUCUCAUUAUCAAACCUGGGUGCUGGAGGCCAAAAGGAACAUCCUGGCUGUCCUGCAGGACAUGCCCUCGCUCCGCCCCCCCAUCGACCACCUGUGUGAGCUGCUGCCCCGCCUGCAGACUCGCUACUACUCCAUCGCCUCCUCCUCCAAGGUCCACUCUAACUCUGUGCACAUCUGUGCCGUUGUGGUGGAGUACGAGACCAAGACUGGCCGAACCAACAAGGGUGUUGCAACUAACUGGUUAAAAAACAAAGUGCCUACAGACAAUGGCCACAAGUCCAUGGUGCCCUUGUUUGUGAGGAAAUCGCAGUUCCGCCUGCCCUUCAAAGCCAGCACCCCAGUCAUCAUGAUCGGCCCUGGCACUGGAAUCGCUCCUUUCAUGGGAUUCAUCCAGGAAAGAGCUUGGCUGAAGCAGCAAGGUAAGGAGGUGGGUGAAACUGUUCUUUAUUACGGAUGCCGGCACAGAAACGAAGACUUCCUGUACCAGGAGGAGCUGGAGCAGUUUGAGAAGGACGGAGUGCUCACUCAGCUCAACGUAGCCUUUUCAAGAGAUCAGACCGAGAAGGUAUACGUGCAGCAUUUGCUUAAGAAAAACAAAGAGAAUCUAUGGAAACUGAUCCAUACUGACAAUGCACACAUCUACAUUUGUGGGGAUGCCCGUAACAUGGCCAGAGACGUGCAGAACACGUUUUAUGAGAUUGCGAGCGAGUUGGGGAGCAUGACGCACACGCAGGCAGUGGACUAUGUCAAGAAGCUUAUGACCAAGGGACGUUACUCGCAGGAUGUUUGGAGCUAAAUGGGAGAAACAAUGUAAUCUUUCAAAAACAAAGCCUGGGGAAGGAACGGGGAAGGUGUGGAAAGAGGCUGCUUGUUGUUAGGGUGGUGACCUGCACACGUCAAUGCAAGAUUGGUUUAUUUUAUUUUCCUAUUCCUAGAUUGCCUUUUGGGUUUUUUUUUUUUUUUUUACAGAAAUUAAAUCUUACUGAUAAUUUUGUUAACUGCCAAAGUCGAGACCUGUAAGCGCUGUAUAACAAAUGUGCCCAUAUUACUGGCAGUGUCAUAAUAAAUAAGCCAGGCGUUGUCUCAAAACAGCAGAACUGAUCGAAUCUUGGUCUGAAGUGUGAACAGGACUACAUUUUACAGUGACUUCUGAGGCCACAUUACAGAACAAGUUGUCGGGUACAAUGGAAAAGUAUCACUGACGCAGGAAAAUUCCCUAUUACCAAAGUUAAACAAACUAUCUCGCUCCUCAUCUCACUGAUAGCUUCAGGCGUGGCGUUUGUUCUCUCUGCAAAAAAUCUGCCUACAGGUAAAUUCUGUAUAAGGCUUUACCUGCAGGUACAAUUAAGGUUGAGGACUGUUUAGAAGAGAGCGGGUCUGUGCCCCGCUGUGGUGGGUAUUAUUGCUGUUAACUGAACAGCUGUUGACAUGUGACUUGUGUUCAUUUACAGCUUUUUUUGUACUGGAUCUUAGGCUGCUCAACAGUCUUCAUCUGCAAUAAGAUGAUGAGUGCUCUACUUGGAUCCGAGAGGCUGAGACAAUCUGUCUAAGAUCAUAAUUACUGUGGAGUGGUGGUGGCAUGUCAUGUAAAUACUAGCGAUACUGUGAUGAAAUUGUCAGUAGAUCAUUCAGGGAAAGGAACACGAUUGGGUGCCUUUGUAAUACAGCAUUUCAUAUCUUUUACUGAAGGACGGCUAGGAGAACAUGUUCUGUGAUAAUCAGUUUCUCUAAACAUGAUGAAAUUGGAGUCUGUAAUGUGGCCCAAGGUCUCUCCCUUUAAAGUUAAGCUGUGACAGAGAACUUCGCAGUCCUAAAAGUAGAUACAGGUUUGACCGUACGAUGCUAAGUCAGUCAUUUAGGAACUUUUAAAGAAAUAACCUAUUAAUUUUUAUACUCCUUUUAUGUUAAGCAGUGUAAGAGUCGGUUGUUAUGCGAUUCAAAGUCAUGAAAUAUUAGCUUACCUAAGAUAAAGAAAUAAUUCCCAUUUCUUUAUUUUACAAUUUUUUAAAGUACAGUAAUGCACAUCCAAUGUAAAAGCAGAGACAGAAAAUAUUUUUUAAUAUGCACAGUUUAUUGAUAUGCAUGCUGUUUGCAGCGAAAUCUCUAGAAGAAAGCUGCUUGAAGGUGUAUGUUCUGAAUACUAAACCAGCAACUAUAUACUGCAAAUAAAAAUAAUAAUAAUAAUAAUAAUAAAAAACUAAACAUGAUGCAUUUCCAGGAUUGGUUAAGGACAUGUAAGGGGCAAAGUGCAGUCUGGUUCCUACCUUGUUUUAUUUUAUAGAUGCCUUUGGGAGAAGGCAACUCUUUCUCUUUAAAAGCACCAAAAAAUGAGUUCUGGUGUACUUUGCAAAACAUUAAUUGCUGUAUUCCUUCAAAUUUAAGAUGCCCUCGAAUUUAAGACUCAGCCUAAAUUUCCCACCCUCAAUUUGAGGAAAAAAUAAAACAUCAAAUAAAUAUGCAUUUACAAAGAUACAACAUCAAUUAAGGAGGCAGUUUGCGGUCGUCUGCUAUCACACAGGGCAUUACAGUUAUGUGCUGCUUCUCAUUUCCAGUCGGGAUUACUCACACCUGUUUUUCUCCCAGUUUGUGAACUGUGGAAUUGCUUGGCAUGUUGAAAAAUACGGGGUCUGAUCAGCAUUUCCGAUCUGUCCAAGCUGGUACUGUUUGUUAGAAACGAUUAAGUUAUAAAAGCUUCUCUUUGAAUUCCUCAGGAAGCUAAUGAUUUUUCUUUGAAAAUGGCUGCCUGUAUGUCGUGGAUGAUUCGAGAUCGGGCAGUAAUGUUUUGAUUCGUGUUUUCUCGGCAGUCUGUCAUGUUGCUGCUUGUGUACUCGGGCAGUGACGUCUUUGGUUGGCGAUUUUUAAUACACACAUCACUAUACUGUACUCUGACGCAGGAUAUUUUUGAGAAGAAAAAAAAUGGUUCGUCUUAACCACAGUGCGUCUUAAAUUCGAAGGGAUACGGUAAAUGGUUUAUCUAAAAGAUAUAUAACACACAUAUGUGCAACAUGCUGCCCCUAGAGGAACAUAGGAUUCUGUUUUUUCAGAUUCUACAUUGAUAAACAAGGCAUGGUUUCAUACAUUUAUACAUGGUUUUAUACGCAGCUUAGCCAAUUCGCAAAGCAGCUUGUGAGGCUGUUGAUGCAAAAAUUAAAAAGGUUCUCUGCUUGCAGGGAGAGCAGAAAAUGCAGAGUACAGCAAUCUUGAGGAUUCAGAUUCAUUCUGAAUCGAGGCAUUACAUUUUCCUUGUAAUUUUUCAUAAUUGGAAUGCAGUAAAGAUAUUCGAUCAAGGCACAUUUCCAGUUACAAAGAAAAACUUUUAUUUUCUGUAAAAAAAAAAAUGUCCCUCAGUACAUUUAUAAAGAUAUGUUUCAAUCAUGUUUACACUUAAGUAAACCCCAGCAGUAAAAACAGGCAGUUUUAAUUCAACAUAAGUUAGAUGCAACUUUGAACACUGCUAGGGUACAGAAUGUCUUUUUUUCUUUUUUCUCUUUUUACGCCAUUAAAUCAUGAAACUGGAAUGUCCCUGCGUACAGCAUGAAACUUACAUUUCUUUGUUUCCUAACUUCUGUUUGUUGUGGAUCUAACCUCUCUACAAAGUUAUGUAAAGCUUUUAACAACUAAGAAACUGCUGGCAGUCGCCUGAAAUAUACAAUGCAACUAGAAUCUUAUGGUAAUGUAGAUCCAAUUCUGUACCUUUUUUUUAAUUGGCCUGUUUUACUGUGAUGCCAUGCACUGUGGGAGCGUACUGAGUUACCAAGUGUUUUUCUCUGAGUAUACAGAAUGCUUGGAGUUUGCAGCAAGUUGGAUGUACUGUUUCUUGUCUGAGUGCAACAUCCCUUUCUAUGUUUAAAAAACAAACAAAAACAAACCUCUUCUUGUGACACAGUUAAUAUAACCUAAUAAAGAUAAUGUAGCCACACCUUGGAUCAUACACUGAUGCAGUUCAUUUUUGAUGGUGUUGAGGGGCAUACCUAAAAACAGACAUGCUUAUACGGUUGAUCACAGCUAUCGACAACUGAGCAGGGUACCAGUAUCUUUCUACAUGAUCGGAGACUGAAUUGACCACUUUAACAAGGGUCAUUAGCCCUAUUUUAAACACAGUAUAAUUUGAGUCUUUGCAGAGAGCGACAUGUAAACUUAGUGCAGAAGAAUAUGCGGGUCACAGUGUUCACUACAGGGUCAAUGCGGAGGGUGCUUCAGGUAUAACAGCAGGCACACAUGUACGAAGUACACAGCAAGAGGGAGAGCCGUGAUUCUAGAGUUAAACUACUGUAGUGUCUUGUGUGUUUUUGCACUUCUGAAAAUGUAACUGUGGUACGGUUUAAGAAAUAGGGAUGAUUUACCCUGCACUUUUUUCUUUUACUAACAACUACAGUACUGUAGACAUUUUAUAAAACAAUACUUGGAGACAUAAGCGCCUGUGUUUCUUUGUUCUGAUUUUUUGAUGCAUUAAGCAAAUCUAGUCUUAGUUGAACUGGAAUUGACCAGAGUGGUGCUUUGUCACUCAUAUGCACCAUAAUCUCAUAGAAAAAAAAUAAAAUAAAUUACAUUUUUUUUUUUUUUUUUUUU